AAAGUCACCUGUUUCAUGCUACAUCACAUUGAGGAGCCAUGUUCCUUGGGGGCUCAUGCUGCUGUCAUUGUGCCUCCCACCUGGAUCAUUAAGGUGAAGAAACCUCAGAACUCAUUAAAGACUUCAACACGACGAAAGAAGAGAACGUCUUUUAAAAGAAAAGCCAGCAAAAGAGGCAAUGAAGAAAACAAAGGUCGGCCAUUUGUGAUAAAGCCUAUCUCUUCUCCACUCAUGAAGCCGCUGCUGGUUUUUGUCAAUCCAAAAAGUGGAGGGAAUCAGGGCACGAAGGUUCUCCAAAUGUUUAUGUGGUAUUUGAAUCCACGCCAAGUCUUUGAUCUCUCUCAGGAAGGGCCAAGAGAUGCACUGGAACUGUACAGAAAAGUGCCAAACCUGCGGAUCCUGGCCUGCGGUGGGGAUGGGACGGUGGGCUGGAUCCUCUCCAUCCUUGAUGAGCUGCAACUCAGCCCCCCACCUCCUGUGGCUGUCCUUCCGCUUGGCACUGGGAAUGACCUUGCCCGCACCCUCAACUGGGGUGGGGGUUACACAGAUGAGCCAGUGUCCAAGAUCCUGUGCCAUGUAGAAGAUGGGACCAUUGUCCAGCUGGACCGCUGGAAUCUCCAGGUUGAACGCAACCCUGAUUUGCCACAGGAUGAACUGGAGGACGGGGCACGUAAGCUCCCUCUCAAUGUCUUCAAUAAUUACUUCAGCCUUGGAUUCGAUGCACAUGUUACGCUGGAGUUCCAUGAAUCUAGAGAAGCAAAUCCAGAGAAAUUCAACAGCCGAUUUAGAAAUAAAAUGUUUUAUGCAGGGGCAGCCUUUACAGACUUCCUGCAAAGAAGCUCCAGAGAUUUAUCCAAGCAUGUUAAAGUUGUGUGUGAUGGUACUGACCUGACUCCAAAGAUCCAGGAGCUGAAGUUCCAGUGUAUAGUGUUUUUAAACAUACCCAGGUAUUGUGCUGGCACAAUGCCAUGGGGAAACCCUGGAGAUCACAGAGACUUUGAGCCCCAGCGUCAUGAUGAUGGUUAUAUUGAAGUCAUUGGGUUCACCAUGGCCUCACUGGCUGCUCUCCAGGUGGGUGGUCAUGGAGAGAGAUUGCAUCAGUGCCGUGAGGUGACACUUUUAACGUAUAAGUCUAUCCCCAUGCAAGUGGAUGGUGAACCAUGUCGAUUGGCUCCAUCGCUCAUUCGAAUCUCCUUAAGAAAUCAAGCCAACAUGGUGCAGAAGAGCAAGAGGAGAACAUCUAUGCCUUUGCUGAAUGAUAUCCAUAAAGUGCAGUCUGCUGACCUGAGGAGAGUCUCAGCUCCCCCUGAUUCCUUCACUGUUCCUCAUUCCAUCCCAGACCGCCUGCGGAUCAGAGUGAACAGGAUUAAUUUACAAGAAUAUGAGGGGCUACAUUAUGACAAGGAAAAGCUCCGGGAAGCUUCCAUUCCCCUGGGAAUUAUAGUUGUACGAGGAGAUUGUGACUUGGAGACUUGUCGUAUGUACAUUGACCGUCUACAAGAGGACCUACAGUCAGUAACUUCUACUACACAGAGAGUUCACUACCAGGACCAAGAAAGCUCCUUCCCCAGAGUACUUUCUGUUCAAAGGCUAUCUCCUAGAUGGUGCUUCCUAGAUGCAACUUCUGCUGAUCGUUUUUACCGCAUUGACAGAUCUCAGGAACAUUUGCACUUUGUGACAGAAAUUUCACAGGAUGAGAUUUUUAUACUGGACCCAGAGAUGGUAAUGUCACAGCAGGUGGGGACACCACCAGGAAUGCCUGAUCUGGUAGUGGAGCAGGCCUCUGGAAUAUCAGAUCGAUGGAACCCUGCGGUUCGAAAGAGGAUGCUGAGCGACAGUGGUCUUGGCAAGAUCUCCCCACACUACGAGGUACCUGACAAACAAAAGGACGCCAGCCAGACACAUACGCUGCAGUCACCGGCCUCUUCAGAAGAUCAAGCACUUUUACAGGCAGUCAUAGCUGGUGAUCUACUGAAGUUUAUAGAAUGCUGUAAAAAGGGAGCCAACUUAUUAAUCCAAGGACCUGAUCACUGCUCCUUGUUACACCACGCUGCCAAGAGUGGGCAUGGCGAGAUUGUGAAAUACAUCCUGGAGCAUGGUCCACCUGAAUUACUGGACAUGACAGACAGUGAAACGGGUGAGACAGCAUUGCACAAGGCAGCCUGCCAGCGCCACCGUGCUGUCUGCCAGCUCCUGGUGGAUGCGGGAGCCUCUCUGAGGAAGAUGGACUCCAAGGGUAAGACCCCUCGUGACAGGGCUCAGCAAGCUGGUGACCCAGAUCUGGCCUCUUACCUGGAGAGUCGACAGAACUACCAAAUGGUUUCCCAUGAGGAUCUGGAGACAGCAGUCUGA